AUGCUGCCAGGAAACAGCUACGAACAAGCGCCGCAAGAUGAUCAUGAAUUCCAGAUUCUCGCACCUUCAACAGAAUGGGGCGAAGAGCCCGUCGCUGGAUUGAACAUCUCAGGAUUGUCGAAACAAGUCAAGCGUGUGCCAGUUGGCUCGAAAGGACAGUCUUUCACAAGCACAGAUGCUUCCACGAGCACGGCUGCAGCGCCAGAUUCCUUGGUGUUAGGCUCUAGUCGCAGCACUCCUUAUCAAAAUACUCCUUCCCCUGGCGAAGAUGCGAAAUCCUUUAGGUCACAUCAAUCAUCGUAUAGCCGACUCAAUCAACAGACCUCGCAGGACUUCUCCCCAGAAGUUGGACUCUUGCAUACUCACACCAAGUUCGAUGAGAAUUGUCCAACGCACGGCGACAUCUUGACAAGCCCAUGGUCCUGGUGGACCAUAUCCUUAUUGGCCCUGGCAGUUUACUCGACGGUAUUCUCGGGCGUUUUUCUCGGCAUCGCUUUUGCAAAACCACGAUGGGACCAAAGGAUCGGGACCAACGGACAUCUCUCCUAUGGUAACGCCACUCUUCUCUCGGCCCUCCUGUCAAAGACAGUCGAGUUAUCGUUUGUUACCAUCUUUGUGGCGCUGCUCGGACAGAUCUUGAGCCGCCGCGCAUUUGCAAGGACGGAGAAGAACAGCGGCAUCAGCAUCGCUGAAAUGACCAUGAGGUCGUGGGUCAUGCAACCAGGCACACUUAUCACGAACUGGAUAGUGGUCCGAUACGCUGCCUCGACUGUCCUCGGCAUCAUGGUCCUGAUCGCUGUCUUAGCUGCGACCUUCUACACUACCGCCGCCGAAGCCUUGGUGGCGCCCAAGCCCAAAUUUGGGCCACUUGAAGAUCGAACUCUUUGGGGGCAGGUGGCCGCCUCUUACGCCAACUCCAUCUACCUGGCUCAGACCUGCGAAACGCCCGUCCCGGAAGAUCCUGACCCAGAAGGCGUGGGUCCGCACCCGGAGGGCGAUACUUGUCUACAGAUCGACUACGCGGGACAAAGCUUCCACAACUUCAAAACAUUCAUGUCGGAAUGGCGCGAGAGAUUGGACGUCGGCAACAUCAGCUCAAACCCUAGUUCUAUCGAUAGUCGCCCUGCACCGGUGGCCACGUUGUUUGACAACACGACAGUUGAUGGACAGUGGAUCACUCCGAGCGGUGAAAACAUCACGGCCGACUCCAAGCGCUGGGGAAGGCUCGUGCAAAACGUCACACUGGCGAUGCCUCAUGCGAAUUUGUUCAAUGCUGCUCGAGAUCCGAAGAACCAUAUUUUGCAGCCAGAAGAUCUUCAGGGGAAUGGAGAGUACUUUAUCCAGGCUGCCAUCCCGGCGCCUCUGAUCAAUGUUCUGUGUGCAGGCAUGUCUACGGCCGAGUUGCAGCCCAUGCUUCACAAUUCGGCGGAUCUCCCGGACCCGGCCAAUUAUUUCCCGCAUCCCACUGUUGUCGAUGAUAUAUUCCAGUUUGGGAACACUUCGGCCGGCGGUCUUCAGCAGGCACCUAUCUUCCCGAAACUGCCAAUCGCAUACAACACGCUGGGGUUCAUCUCCAGCAGCUACGGAUAUUAUGCUAUUUAUGUCCUCGCAGCUCCUCCCCCGGUGGAAAGUUCAGAGUACGUCCCGACGGCUGACUACGUCUUGUGCUCGAUCCGAUCUGCCCAGUAUCGCGACUGCACCACGUACUACCGCGUCGCCCAGUCCGGCGGCCAGCUCUCGGUCGAGUGUGAAAAGAGCCCUGGGAACACGCUUCCUUACGUCGACGCGGUCAAGAACGCCCCAAUCGGGAACUGGAACGAAGAUUGGAAAGAUGUCGGCUCGGAAUGGCUCCGGUCCCUCUCUCUGACCGCCGGGGUCAACAACGCCAACGCUUCGAGCGCGCGACUCCUUAGCCAAAUGAUUCCAGCAUGGUCCGACGACAUCGACAGCAACCCGACGAUCUUGACCCCGGACAUGCCCACGAUUGGCGAGGCCUUGGCUGUGCUGGCCGCCGAAACAGCUCUCUUAUCUUCGUCCAACUCCCCCUUUGUGCAUUUUUGGAACUACUCGCUGCCGAUCCUCGAGGAGCCGCAGUACCAGAAUUUCGAGGCGCGGGUGAGCUACAAGGACUACGCGUCAGGCGGGACACAGACGUGGCAGAAUCUCUUCUAUGUCAUCCUCGUCGCCGUGUUCUUGCUCAGCAGCUUCAGCCUCGUUUACUUGCUGUGGACCUUUUGUCUGUUGGGCAGGGUGACCGACUACACAGAACCCCAAAACAUGUUUGCACUGGCCAUCAAUUCUCCGCCGUCAAACACCAUGUCCGGCACCUGUGGCGCAGGUCCCAGCGGCGGCCUGCUGGCCAAGAAGUGGCAGGUCGACAUGCAGACGGCGGGAGCGACGAGUCCUCGCGACCGGACCCAGCACCCGCAUUUCUACGUGCGCUGUCGCGAGGACGGCGUGCCGGAUCGUUCGAGCACGCGUAGGAAGAAGCGCAGCAGGCCCGCGACGAUCAGCUCCGUCUCCAUCGCUGAGUCCCCUGCCGUCGAGCAGUAUAUGCGUCUGGCUGGGAAACCUUAG